CUAGAGAAGCGUACACUUCCAUUUUCUCGACCCUCUCGGCGAACAGGGAACACGUGUUUACUCGCCGGUCGUGUUCAAUUCAUUUUAUCGUAUAAAACUUUGCGUCAUAUUUGUAAUCCGCUCGAGCCUGGUAACCAAGUAAUCGGAGCUUCUGAUCCUCGCAGAGACAGGUUAACAUGAAUCCUGAAAAGUUGAAGAAGCUUCAAGCCCAAGUGCGAAUCGGCGGUAAGGGAACACCCCGACGCAAGAAGAAGGUUGUACAUGCUACUACAGCUACAGACGAUAAAAAGUUACAAAGUUGCUUGAAGAAGCUGUCUGUAAACACUGUCCCUGGUAUCGAAGAGGUUAAUAUGAUCAAGGAUGAUGGUACUGUCAUCCAUUUUAAUAAUCCAAAAGCUCAGGCAAGUUUGUCUGCCAACACAUUUGCCAUCACUGGUCAUGGUGACAACAAACAGAUAACUGACAUGCUACCGGGAAUAAUAAGCCAGUUGGGACCUGAAGGUGUUACACAAUUGAAACGAUUAGCAAGUACAGUAUCUGGCAGUACGGUUGGCAAAGCCACAUUGGAGGAAGAUGAUGAGGUGCCUGAUUUGGUGGAAAAUUUCGAUGAAGCUAGUAAAGAGGAGGUGGCUACCAAAAAGGAAGCGGAUGAAAGUGACAAAGCGACUGGUGAUAAAAAGGAGGUUGUUUUGAAAGAAAUAGAACUAGAAUAGAAAUCCUUUAGCUUCUCCUGAAGCUUAAAGCAUUCAGUACUAAGCUAUUUCAUACAACUAAUUGUUGUAAUUGACAAGUUGAGAAAUACAAGUUGCAAAAGCAACGCGUAAGCGAAGUAUCACACCACUAUACAUACGUUAUAAAUAUUUGUCAUACCCUAUGAUAAUACUAUAUGAGUAACAGUUAUCAAGAAAAUAAAAACAGCUGUUACAGAAAUCAAAAGUUUCUAUGAACAAUGGUCUUUUCUUUGUUGCAUUUGCGAAUAGACUUUGCUCCGAGUCAGUUGAAAAAAUGAUUUUACAUUUCCCAAAUAUUGAGAGAUUCUGUGACCGUUUUGAGAUCCAUGAUCGAGACUGUUGAUUAAUCAUGUACAAAGUCUGGUGUUUGAAUUUUAGACAUUUAAUUCGACUUUCUUCACAUGAAAUGCGAUGUGAAAUUGCAAUUUUUAUCCUGAUCUUAUUCAUAGUUAUGUACUUCUUACUAUCACGUUGUGUUCGCAUGUGUUCUUAUUUUAAUGGUAACAAACUUAAACAAAUUUAUAGGAGUAUUGAUUAACAAAUGAAAUCAAUUUCCCGGCAAACGAUAACAGUAAUCUUCCACCUAUUCGCAGCGAUGUUACAUAGGCGGAAAAAAAAUUUAUAUAGAGUAUAGAAAGAGUAAAAAAAAUGUGCGAAAUAUUGAGGCACCUCUAUUUUAAUUGAUGGAAUUAAUAGAAACUACAAAGUAAGAAUAGCUUUUCGCUGCAGCUUUCCAGUAUGGAAAAUGAGGUGUAAUAUUUGUAAUGUAAUCUAUGGAAUAAAUUCAUUUGCUGGAAAUACGGUUUUCUACUUAAAAUUUCAUGUUCUUUCUGGAUACACAAUUUAGUCGUAAUUUGUCGAUAUUUAUAUUUUCAUCAUAGAAUAGAUCUGUAAUAACAGUGUAAUUAUGGAAAUAUACUAAUAAGAGCUAUCCUGUAUAAUAGUAUUAGUUUCUCAGCAUUUUCCGUUCAUAAUUUGUAUUUCAUGUGACCAUGAUUACAUUCGUUUAUCCUUCGUUUAGUUAUUAUUUCUUUCUUUUCUUCAAUUAGCAAUAUUUUCUCAUAGACAAAAAGAAUCGCACAUUUAAAUGGAUUUAAUAGAUAUGUUAGUUGUUAUUAAGUAUUAAUGAAUACUUAAAUCAUAAAACGAGUUUAAUUCCAUAUAUCACACAAAAUGUUUAUGUCCAGCAGAAUACAACAAAUUUUUGUCUGAGUUAUUAUUUUUCUGGUUAAUCUUUAUUCCUACUUAUUGUUAUGUAAAAUUAUGCUGUACUAUGAUAUCUAAAUAUAUGAUAACAAUUGCAAGGCAA